ACAUUUAAAAGAUGUAUGAUUAGCAGAAAACGGCUUCGCAGCAGAUCAAAUUAACAGCUACAGGUUACAGGAUCACUUUCAGUGACUCCAACUCUGUCUGGGCAGGUGGCAGCUUUAUGCAAGCUGUCACAGCUGCAGGAGGUAUAAAAGGGGUAAAUGCACCCAAUGCUGAGAAGAUCAACAGGCACAAGGUUGUGAUCCCUGCCCUGCCCCGGCUGUGUUUAGGUCGAUUUAGCAUAUUUUUUUAAAUUCCAUGCAAGCUUUUCAAUCUGUGUAGAGAAAUAAUCGAUCUUACUUUAUAAUUGAAAGGAAGACUAAUAAUUUUAAGGUCAGAAUUGAGCAUCUUACUCAAUAUUUAUGGCUUUGGAAGAUAUUUGCAAUUUUAAAGACAAGCCCACGCAUAAGACUUUUCCUUUUUAUGCUUCGGAAGAUACAAGUGUCUCUGUUUUUACUGAAUCUUUAAACUUUAAAUGGAGAGGGGAGAUGACAUCUAAAAAAGCCUCUGAUGUUCCACUGGAGUUUCAUGUACCAUCUUUGUUCAAGAGGCCUUCCAGCCGAGCGAGCCAUUCAGUGUCGGUGCGCAGGCCUUUUCCUCUUUCGCAUGGAACGACAACUCUGGGUUUUAUCUUCCAAGGUGGGGUGAUUGCAGCUGCAGACACACGUGCCAGUGCUGGGGGACUUGUGGCUUGUCCAGCUGUUCACAAGAUAACCCCUAUUCACUCCCAUUUGGUGGUCACCUCCUCGGGCAGCGGUGCAGACUGCAUGCUGUGGGAGCGCAUCCUCACUAGAGAAAUCAGACUCUAUCAACUGCGGCACAAGCGUCGCCUCUCAAUACGUGGGACUGCCAAACUCCUUUCAUUAAUGCUGCACCCUUUUAAAGGCACUGAUGUAUGUGUGGCUCUCACCCUGUGUGGCUGGGAUAAGGCGGAAAGUACCAAGAACUUGGAAGAAACCUUAGGUGUGACUGACGAUUGCUCGCCAUCUGUUUGUAAAGACGUUCCUUCAAAAACAAAUCUGCUGUGCUUUAGUGGCCCAAAGCUUAUUUACGUGUGCAGCGAUGGAGCCAGACUGCAGGGAGACAUCUUCUCUGUGGGAUCAGGUUCACCUUAUGCCUACGGAGUCUUGGAUAGGAGUCUGAGUUGGAGUUUGAAUAAAGAAGAAGCAAUCUUGUUGGCAAGAGAAGCGGUAUUCAGGGCCACUCACAGGGAUGCUUACUCGGGAAACAAUGUGGACCUUUUCCAUGUCACAGCCGAGGGGUGGAGACAGAGACAAAGGGAAGACCUGAAGGAAGAAUAUUACAGAGACAUGGAAAAGAGAGGCAAGAAAAUGGAUGUAAAAACUAAAAAAGCUGCCAAAAUAAUGCAAUGAAACCACAUUUUUUCUUUGUAUAAAUUUG